AUGAACAACACGGAGCAAUCGAAUCAAGAGCCCGAGGUUCGUCGCAAACUGACGGAUAUUCUGGACGAAACCGAUAAACUACCUCGCAAAAUGUCACUAGCUUCCACAUCGAAUCAAAGACAGGAUGAAGAUGACGUUCUAGUGGAUCUGUCACCAUCAAAUUCGGCCGACCCUUCACCUCUACACUCAGCUGAUCCUUCGCCUCCACAUUCGGCCAAACACACCAUGAAGGCCUCAACCAGCGAAGAGUCUUCACUAUCAGCCGAAUCCACCAACUCAUCUCACUCCAGAAAGAAGUCAACCUUAUCGCCAACAGAAGCCUUCCAGCCGGUUGUCGGCAAGUUUGUGGCCAAAAACGAAAAAGGCCAAGAAGUUGUGAUACCCAUGACGGUGCCCAACUAUCAGUUCAUUGCAGCUCAACAGAUCCAAUUUGGUGAUAAUGACGAUGAGGCCAUCGCGGCUUCAAUGCAAGUGAACCUGGGAAGUUUUGAGAAUCUGGCUACACGAAAGGUGGACCAGAAGUUAAAUUUGGGUCAGUCGACUUCAGGAGAAGAUAGAAUGGUGCACGAUGGGAUUCAGGAACACGGUGAAAGUCUGAAUGGCGUAGAAGGGCUUCAGAAUUCAUCAACGAUGCUUUCAGGCCUUCAGAAUCCAUCAGAAUCAACAAAAUUCAAAGUGCCGAAUAUAGAACAAGUUGUGGCCCAAAUCCUAGCUCACCAACAGCUCUACGUUCAACAAGGUCAACAACAAUAUGGCGUUCAUCAACCAUUCGCCCAACAAGCUUAUUGCCAGCCGGCUGCACCAAAUACCAUCCCAAAGCCGAUCCCCAUGGGAAUGCCCCUAACUCCGAUGGAUUCUCCCUUCAGUACGAUGGGUUUGGAGCCAUCAACAGUACCAUCCGAGCAUUUACCGGUCGAUAAUCAUUCAUUGAAUGUCUUUCCUACAACUUCGGCUGACCCAAUGGUCAUGGAGCAGAUACGACAAGCACUACGGAGGGUUUCUGUAGAGGAUUUUAAGAAUUCGGGCCAAGUCGGAGAUGGUACUGGUGGUACACUUUUUGGUCCUCAAGGUGGUGCUAGAUUUGGAGCUCAAAGUGGUACCGAAUUUCCUACACAAGGUGGUACAACCUUCCCUGCACAACCUGCUACACCUUUUCCUUCACAAGCCAGGACCAAUAUACCUACACAAACUGGUACUGCCUUUCCAACUUCAGGGGGUACCCAAAUUUCGCUAGAAGGACCACCAAAGCUCGAAACUGUCGGUGCUACACUAGAAGUACCAUCAAUGAUUCAAAAAUCCGAUACUACAUUGUCAAAUGGCUCCAAAAGUGAAGCCUUGGAUACCGUGAACUUGGACGACUUCAGAAUCAGCCCGUCGUCACUGAAGGCAUGGGAUAACUACACCUCGCUAUUGCUUAAGGAAGAUAAGGAUUCUGAAGGGCAAAAUGGAUCAGCUGGAGCUCAAGAGUCGAAAACAAUACCAUCUGGAGCUCAGGACUCAAAAACUGUAUCAUCUGGAACCCAAGAAUCAAAAACAGUAUCAUUAGUACCAGCUGGUCCCCAAGAAUCAAAGUUAGUACUAAACGAACCAAAAACAGUACCGUCAGCACCGUUUGGACUCCAAAAACCAAGCCAAGUACCAACAGUACCAUUCACCGCCCUCUCCGAAGACUACUACGAAGACUACGCUCCAGACGCCUUCAACAACUACGACGAUGCCCUAGAAUCUCAAAAAGAGCACCAAAUCCUGGGCAACCAGUACGGUCCAUGGGACAAGAAUGAAACAGUACGAAGGACGUUCGCCAGAGUACGAAGAUUCAAUAACACAGUACCAAAGAGUCCGGUAGGAACGGCCGAUUUCUAUUUCGUGAGAACGUUGGGCGAUGGAAGCUUUGGCAGUGUGUACCAUGUACAAGAUGUGAAGACGAGCAAGGAGUACGCCAUCAAAAUCAUGAGCAAAAAGGAAGUGAAGAGGGAGAAGAAGGUGGGUUUUUGGUUAUAUUGAGUAGGCUUAUAAGGGUCAUUUAGGUUGUGAUAGAAAGUUCAGGCUUAGCACACAAUUUUUAGGCUCGUCAGAGCAUUUUAGACCUAAAAAAUAGAUUUCAGACUGAGACCACAAUUUUUAGGCUUAAAAUACGAUUUUAGGCGUAGAAAAAGGAUUUUAGGUAUGAAGAACAACUUUAGGCUUGUCAUACAUUUUAGGCUUAGCAAUACACAUUCUAGGCUAAGCAGCACACAUUUUUGGUUUAGCAACACAUAUUUUAGCCUUAGCAGCACAUAUUUUAGGCUUAGCAGCGCACACUUUAGGCUUAGCGAUACACAUUUUAGGCUUAGCAAGACGCAUUUUAGGCUUAGCAGCACAUAGUUUUAGGCUUGCCAGCACAGAUAUUAGGCCUAGCAGGACAUAUUUUAGGCUAAUCUGCAGAGAAUUUUAGGCUUAGCUCACAAAUUUGGGUUUAACAGCAUGAAAUAUUAGGCCUAACAGCAGGUAACUGUAAGUUAUAUGACGAUUUUUUUAGUUACCAUACGUCGUACGUGAAAAAGACAUCAUGACAACAUUGCAACACGGCUUUGGCGGCCAUCCUUUCCUGGCCAAACUACACAGCUCGUUCAAGGAGAACAAUGACAGAAUUUGUAAGUUUUUGACAAUUUUUGGUCGAAAAAAAAUGUUUUGAUGUAAAAUACGUUUUCUGUUCCUGUUUGUCUCUUAAACUUUAAAAUUUAUAAAAAUUCACAAACUGUACUUUUAUGGUAUAGUGGCAAACGCGUUUGACUAAUAGAAAAAAUGACUGGGGUUCGAAUCCUGUUGGAUGCAACUGCGAAAAGUGGGGUAUUUUAAUAUAAAAUGGGGUUUUUUAGAUUCGAAUAGUGUUUUAGACAUUAUAACGGUUAAUCUUCAAUAAAAAUUUUAGAAAAAGGUUUGAGAUUUCGGCUAGUAAAGUGGUUUUUUGGAAAAUUUGAAAAAAAAAGGUUUUCACCUGAAAAAUAGUGGUUUUUGAGCUAAAAAUUAUAGUUUUUGUAAGGAAAUGUAGCUGAAAUGCCACAAUUUACAAUUUUAUAGGUUUACGAGACGUUAGGUUGUAGUAUAAUACAUUUGGAUUGUAGUAUAAUACUUUUAGAUUGAAGUAUAAGAGCUUUGAGUUGUAGUAAUAUCUUUAAAUUGUAGUAUUCUGUUGUUUAAAAAAUUCUGUGCUCCCUUUUCAAAACAGAUUUUUGAAGUUGGGGGCGCAGGAUUAUGUGACAAACCAAGUAUAAUACAAAAAAACCAAAUUUUUGGACGAUUUCAGCGCGACUCCACCAAAUGUGAUCUCUUGACCUUAUAAAAUCACAUUUCGGAAUAAAAGUUAUUGACGAAAACAAUUUCUCGAACAAAAAUUAAUGGCAGUAAAAACACGUUGCGUAACACUUUGUUUAUCCCUUAUCACAAAAAAAAGAAGGCGAGUCCCUUUCACAACGGUCGCUCUUUCGCUUUCAUGGAACUCUCGCGUAAACAUGUUUUCGACUCCAACGUUCUUUAAUCCCCCUGCUGCUUAUGUUUACCAUUAAAACGUUUGGGUUUCACAAAGUUCGAAAUGCUCAAUAUAAAACGUUGAGGCAUUUGUUAAGUUUAAUAACAAACGCCGCUGAAACAAUGAAUAAUAUUAUAUUAACCAUGAUGUCAGGGGAAAAAUAUGAAAUUUUCUUAAAAAAUAAAAUAUAAAUAACUCAAAAACUGCAUUUUUAUAAACAACACUAUUAAUAAAGUCAAGAAAAUUCAAUUGUGACAAAUUUUUAAAACUUGUGGUUAUAUGGCCGAGUGGAGGUGGGAAAAAUAUAGUGCAAAAAAGGAGGCGGGUUCGAAUCCGGCUGGAUGCAAAGGCGUAUUUAGACUGAUUUUAUUAGGAAAAACAUUAGUAAUGACAAGAAAGUUCAAUUUUGGCACAUUUUGAAAAAAUGUGUCGAUAUGGGCGAGUGGAGUGGGAAAAAUAUUGUGCACUAAAGCAGGCGGGUUCGAAUCCGGCUGGAUGUAAAGGCGUUUUUAGACAGUUUUGAGGCUAGAAAAAGGACGUAAACUAUAAAAUGAGAUUUUAAAAUUAAUCUUAAACUAAAAUAAAGUUUUUUAUAAUGAUUUUUAUGUUUAUUGAAGAUUCCACUUAAAUCUGGAUUUUUUGUUAUUAAAUGCUCGUAAACGGCUUAUUUUGCUGUUUUAAGCUAUAAAAUACAAAAUCUAAAUAAAAAAAUAUUUUUUCAGGCUUUGUGAUGGAAUACGCGCCACAUGGUGAGCUUCUGGAAUGGCUUCGACGUCUAGGAUCCUUCGACCUAAAAGUAUCCAAAUUCUUUGCCAGUGAAAUUGUCGAAGCUUUGCAAUUUAUUCACAAGUGUGGCAUCAUUCAUCGUGACCUGAAACCGGAGAAUAUCCUCAUCAAAAACGACUGGCACAUCAUGUUGACCGACUUUGGCUCGGCCAAGGUUCAGGGCUUCGAAGGGGAUGGUAAGUUGAACUUCUAUAGUUUACUACAAAACUUUGGAGUUAGUAUAAAGUAUUUUGAAUCUUUUUGCAAAAGUGGAAGAUCGGGAGCAGUUUUGACUUCUUUGAUCUCGUGGUGUCAACUCGUACGUAUUUGAACGCAGUUGAUGUUGUUUUAGAUCAAAACAGACGUUUUUUAAAUGAUUUGAACUAUAGACAAAGCUCAAACAAUGUUUGUUUAGUGUGGCGGGAUUAAAAAUCAUUUUAAAAAUUGAUUUUCAUCAAUUUUUGACAAGAGUGUCUGUGUGGCUGAGUGGAGUUGGAAAAAAUAUUGUGCAUAAAAGCAUACAGGUUCGAAUCCGGUUGAAUGCUAUUGACGUUUUUUAGGCUUAAAGGUGUGUGAAAAGAAAAUAUAAGAGUUUUUUUAGUGUUUAGGCAUUUUUACAGUAUCAAAAAAAUUUAAUUUGUCAUUUUAGCUUUAAAAAACAUAAAAAGCGACAAAAGUCCAUAGUAAUCUUCUGUUUUUUCUCAUAUUUACGCAAAACCCCAUGUUAAAAGUAGCUAAUUUGUUGCGAAGAUUAUCCGCAUGUUGACAACAAAUGGCAGUUUUGACAAAUUGUAAUUUUAUGUUAUUCAAGGGUGCGAGAAAAAGUAAUGUUUUCUAUUUUCUCAUGAAUAUGUAAUUGCCACGUACUUUUAGUACGAAUAGUACGGCGGAUAAACAUAAAAUGGGUAUACGGUCGUCUCAUUAAUCUUUAUGUCAUUUCCGUUGGGCCUCAGGGAUUUUCAACUGGUUUAAUGGGGGUUUUGAUAGUUUUUGUAGGGUUUGUGAAGGUCUUCAAGGGGUUAAUGGAGAAAAUUUGGUGAUUCUAGGUGUCUGGAAUAUUUAUAUAGGUACUGCGGUUGUUAAAAGAUUUUUUAAAAUUCUUUAUUAGGUCACUUUGGGCUGUUUUGGUCAUUUUUAUGGCCGUUUUGCGGUCAUCUAGCUCUUUCUCUAACCUGAAGACCGCUCCCUACUCGCUCUCUCCACUUCCCGCACUCUCUUGUCCCCUACGCAAGAAGCGCGCGCUUUUCUCCCUAUCUCUGCCCGCUCUCUCCCCAUCACCCACUCUCUCAUUUCCUUCCCUCGCAUUUUACCGUCUCUGACCGCUCUCCCCAUUCCGCGCGCUCUCCCGCUGAAUUGUUUUCGAUAACUCGAAAACCCGCAUUAAAAGUGCAAUAACAGGAAAGUUACAAUGUAAACAACAACCGUAGGGGCUGGUAUAGACUGGUGCCGUCACGAAAACACCAUUCACAAAAGGACAACUGACCUCUAAAGCGCGAAAACAACAAAUUCAAAUGAGUCAGGGGCUUCGAAAUUCUCGAAAUUGUACACGAUAUGUAUGAUAAGUGGUGUGAAUACGAAUUACGAGUGGUGUUUUUACUAAAUUUGGUUUUAAAAUACAAGAAAUGCACUUUAAAACUUGAUUUUGCGAAAACUGUGGUGUGUUGGAAGAAAUGUCAUAUCUAGAUGACAGAUAGUUGAAAAUGAAAAAUUUUUGGCAAGGAACUAAAGAAUGACCUGAGGGUUCACUACACAAAAUUUGAUUACUGUAGGUUUUCAUAGCGCGGUGGAAUGAAUAAAAGUAGCAAUUCCAAGGGUUCGAAUCCGCGUGGAUGUAAAUUGAAUUAACUCGAUCAUAGACUUGAAUAACAACAUAAAACCUUUCCAAACAGACACAAUACACUUGAUUAUUUUCACAACUAUUUUGCUUACUAAUCACGUUGUUUGGGUACGAAAACACGCACUCGAACCCAAAACAUUGAACUCGAAACACGUGUGUAAAACAAAACUCUUUAAUCUUGUUUGUGGCGAACGCUCGCCAAUUAUUCGCGGAAAUGUGCAUAGUAUACGGGAACGUACGCUACAUUCAUGUAAACACUUUUAUUGUUCAUGACAUGGGUAAACGUAAUGAAUAUGCUUUGGCAGACACCAAUGUUUGAGAUUAAUUAACGAGAUUAAGGCGGUAAACAAGGGUAAUAAGCUCGGAAUUUGUUUUUAUGACGUUAGUUAGUGUAGUUUGUUGCUUUAGGGCAUUUUGGAAGCAAAUUUUUGAAAUUUGUUACUUAAAUUUCAAAAAAAAAAUUUUUUUUAAUUUUUUGGGAAUUUGAAAAAAUAUUGUUUGAAAAAUGAUUUUAGAUGAUAUUUUAAGCUAUUCUGGCUUCAUAUAAUUAGUUCUAACUGCCUAAAAUUUUCAAAAAUUAAAAAAAAAUUUAAAAUUAUAAAAAAAUUAAUUUAAAAUUCACGUUUCUCUGCCGCUUUUUUCGAACGCCCCAUAUAAAAACUUGUUUUUCAAGUACCGUAGCCAGCUGUUGCACACAAACAAGCCAAUUUUCCGGCCAAAUGCGUCUGGCCCCACGAAAACACACACUGACAGUUUCAAUAAGUUUUUACAAACGUGAAAAGUGCAUCGCUAUUAAGAAACCUUUUGUCCGGAUCAAAAAGUCUUAUAAACAAGUUUUUUCGCGUCUAGACCACUAAUGCAUAUUGGUUUUUGACCCGAAAAGCUAAUUUGAAUAAGUGUGAAAUUUGUACCGUUUUGGUAUAGUGGUAGUGUGUUGGACUUGCGCGCAGAAGCACCUGGGUUUGAUCCCGGCGGGACUAGAUGGCGAAUUUGGCUUCAUUUUGGGGUUUUUUUUGAAACUCUUUGAAUUAGAAUAAGGUUUUAAAAUGAUUUUGUAAGACUGUUGUUAGUUUUUAAACUACUGUUUUUACUCAUUUUGGCUUAAAAUAGCACUAUUUCUUCGAUUUUCUCCAAAAAAUUUCACAAAAACACAUUUUUUACCUUAUUAAGCCUAAAAAUAGCACAAUAUAAUUGACAAAAACAAUGUCGCAAUAUACAAAAAUACUUUUGGGACGCUUAUCAUUACUUUGUUUACGUUGAGUGAUAAGAAUCAGACCAUUUUUUUUGUCAAACUACUAUUUACACGAAACUUACGACGAGAUAAAAGGUCAAAACCAAUAUUCUUCUCAAUAAACAAGUUUUGUUUAGUCUGCGGAAUGUUCCAACGUGUUCGCACGGUGUUUAAUGUUUCUGGAAAGCUAGAAAAACGAUUGUUUGCUUUGAAAAAGGGGCAAAAAGAAUGAAAAUUUGGAAAAAAGGGCAGAAAAACACGAAAAUUAAGAAAAUUGAGGUUAUUUUUUAAUGUAUAUGCAUGUUUUUGGGCUUAAAAUUAAGAAAAAAGUAUGACAAAUAUAAUGGCAUACUUUGUUUUUCAUAAAACGGUCGAAAAAUUAAGUGUGUCGGUGUAGCGCAGUGGAGCUUUGAAAGUUAUUGUGCAAUAAAGGUGGAAAGUUCGAAUCCGCUUGGAGGAAAUGGAUAAAAUGCGAUGAAUGAAGAGAGAUACAAGUAAAAAAACAUUUUGUAAUAAAAAACAGAAUAAAAAUAAAACAGAAAUUAACAAAAAAUUUUGUGAUUCAAAAAAUAAACCUAAAAAUGACCAAAAGAGAAAACCUAAAAAUGACCAAAGAACCUUCAGAUCCAUCCCAAGUCCGCAAGAUCAUGGUACACAAGAACGGCGAGAUGAUGAAGAAAGAGCGUGGCUCAUUUGUAGGCACUGCCUUCUACAUUUCACCAGAAGUCGCUCAGUCUCACUCAUGUGGACCAGAAGCCGAUUACUGGGCUUUGGGCUGUAUAUUGUACCAAAUGAUAUCGGGUCAACCACCAUUCCGCGGCGUUAAUGAGUACCAGGUGACAAAGAAGAUCAUCAACUUGGAUUACAAGAUGCCAAAUGGAUUCGAUGAAGUUGCUGGAGAUUUGGUUAAGAAGUUGUUGGUACUGGAGCCAAGUGAACGGCUGGGGCAUGAUGGGCCAGAAGCUAUUAAGGAGCAUAAGUUCUUUGAGGUGAGGAUUUUAGGUUGUUUUCUUAGUGUGUUUACUAUAUAUUAUACUAUACGAAACUAAUAUAUCUACAAUUUCAGGACGUUGACUUCAAAAACAUCCAAACAACCACCCCUCCCGAGCUGAAACCCUAUCUUCCAGCCUCAGGCAAUCAACCUGCCUUCUAUUCCAACUACAAGGUACCAGAGAACAUGGAACCGGGUCUAACUCGCAAGACCAUGGCCAGAUUAAUGGGCCUAGACGAUAUGAUCUCAAGCCCGAUCCAAAAACAGAAUCCAGCUCAGCUUCAAGCUCAGCAGAAAGAAGCCGAAGCCAGACAACGUGAAGCGAAGCUACAGAAGCAGCGCAAGGAGAAUGACUACCACAAGUUUGUGGAAGAGAACUUGAUUUUGAGGUCGGGACUGAUUGACAAAAAGAAGGGCAUGUUUGCCAGGAGGAGGAUGUUUCUGUUGACUGAAGGACCAAGGCUGUUCUAUGUGGAUCCGGAGCUGAAAGAGCUGAGAGGAGAGAUACCCAUAACACCGAGUUUGAGGACUGAAGCCAAAAACUUUCACACUUUCUUCAUUCAUACUGUAAGUUUAAUUGGUAGGGUAGUGUAAGAUAUGUUAAGGUAAAUAAAACAUAGGGUGGGUAGGGUAGGAUAUUGUAGGGCGUUGUAGAAUAUGGUAUUAACCAUAUUUUUAUAAUUUUUCACAUUUUUCAAAAUUUUACCUAUUUGGCUCAGUGGUAGUGAGUUGGACCUUUGACUCAGAAGCUCCUGGGUUCGAUUCCGCUUGGAGAAAAAGAUCGAAAAAGGUCAUUUUUGGACUUUUUAUAAGAUUUUUGCUUGAUAAAUUGAUUUUCAAGUAAUUUUGGAGGUUUUUGAAAUGCAUUUUUAUAUGUUGAUAAAAGAAAAAUGACAUUUUUGAUGUAAAAUUGAUAAAAUAGUUAAAUUUUUGUUAAUUUUGAGCCAAAUUUCUUGAUUUUUUGAUUCAAAAGUAUUGAUUUUUAAAUUUUUAAAACUUCAAAAUGAAGAAACUAAUCAUUUUUUGCAUUUUCAGCCCACACGAACCUAUUUCCUGUACGAUCCGGACAGUCACGCGGACGAAUGGUGCGAAGCCAUCGAGAAGGCGCGCAACAAGUACUGCAAUCCAGAUGCUCCUGAACUCGACUUCUACCCUCGAGGCAAAAUGUUCACUUCGAAGAACAAGAAGGAAAAGAAGCGAAAGGAGAAGAAUACAUCACCGACCAGUAAAUGGGGCCGAAAGAGCAAAUAA